AUGGAUGACAGUGGCAAUACGAAUGCAGAUUAUGAGAUUUUGAUGCUUGAUGAACAACAAAAUACAACAUUCGUCGAAGAUGAAAGUAUUCGUGAUCCAGUUACAAUGCUAUCAAUACUAAUAGUUGGUACAUUUCUCUCGUUGUUAAUAUUCUUCUCGAUAGCGGGAAAUAUACUAGUGUGUGUGGCAAUAUAUACGGAUCGCGGUUUACGUCGUAUUGGUAAUUUAUUUUUAGCGUCAUUAGCUAUCGCAGAUUUAUUUGUUGCAUCGUUAGUAAUGACAUUCGCUGGGGUUAAUGAUUUAUUAGGAUAUUGGAUAUUUGGUGCACAAUUUUGUGAUACGUGGGUUGCUUUCGAUGUGAUGUGUUCAACGGCAAGCAUAUUAAAUUUAUGUGCAAUAUCACUGGAUCGUUACAUACAUAUUAAGGAUCCAUUAAGAAUGCAAGCCGCAGAAAAGAAAAGUAAAUUACUAUAUGUACUGUAUUAG